UGAGAUGCAGCAAAUCGUUUUCUAUCAUUUUAUGCAACCAUAAAAGCCCCCCCAAACAAACCUCCCCACACCCAAAGAAAAUCUCAAUCAAAUACUUUCGAACAAGUUCACAAUAGCAACUGUAAGGAAACAGCUGAGUUUUUUUAGCCAUGGCAGAUGAGUUUAAUACAGGAACAAACUGGUGGGAUUCAUCCAGGACAGCAGGUUCUUCUUCUUCAUCUUCUGGGCUAAAUAAUAGCUUGGGAAGCUAUGGCUGGGCAACCGAAAUGGUUGAUAUCAAGAUAGCAGCAGCAAGGUCUUCUAUGGAUUCUGUCUCAUCAGUUUCAGGUAGUUCAGCUGUUUUUCAGGAUAACCCAAAGCUUCAAAUUGGACCUGAUCAUCCUCCUGGUGAUUUACAUAUGAUGGGGUUAGGACUUUCUUCUCAAGCUAUCGAUUGGAACCAAGCUUUACUCCGUGGGGAUAAGAGUGAGAGUAGUUUCCGGUCCAUGCUUCAAGAUCAUAAUUUGAAUAAUUCAAAUGCAAAUUAUCAUCAAGAUCAAACAGGUGGGAUUGGAUCAUCUCAAGUUCAAUGGAGAGACAAAAUGUUUUCUGGGGUUGGAGGAGAUGCUCCUGUCAAUGAGUUUAAGCAAAUCAGCAGAGGAUUUUCUCUUGAUCAAUCAUCACAGUUUAGUCCCCAUGGAAGUUCUAGUGAUAGUACUGUGACUAGCCAGGGUUUUCCUUCUAGUUUCCAGAUGGAUUCAGCAGCUUUAUAUGCGAGUCCAACAACUUUACAAGGACUAUUGGGGUCAGAAAAUCAAGCACAACAACAAUCCUCUUAUGAGAAUCGUUCACUCAGUUAUCAAUAUGGGGCAGCUGCUGCAAGUUAUGGAAUGAACACUAAUGAUCAAUUGUUGCCAAAUUCUUGGUCUAAAGUCCCUCAAUUCUUAAGAAGUUCUCCUCCAAAACAACAACAACAACAUCUCCAUGGUCAGUUACAUUUCUCAAACAAUGCUCCUUUUUGGAAUCCAUCUGCUGCAGCUUCCAUGUCUGAACAUGUUAGGCCUGGGUUUUUCCCAUCAUUGCAAACCCAAUUUGCAACAGGAAAUUUCGAUGAAAAAACAAAGCAGAAUAUAUCCGAAGUUCGGGACUCAAGCACUGUGGUGAAGAAAAGUGGAAACGAACCUACAUCUAAAAGGCCUCGAAAUGAAAACCCAUCAACUUUGCCUCCUUUUAAGGUGAGAAAAGAGAAGAUGGGGGACAGAAUCACCGCACUUCAACAAUUGGUUUCACCUUUCGGAAAAACUGAUACAGCCUCAGUGCUCUCUGAAGCCAUUGAAUACAUUAAAUUCCUCCAUGAACAAGUCAGUGUUUUAAGUACCCCAUACAUGAAAAGUGGAGCUGCCACACAACACCAGCAGAAUUCUGAGAAGUCCAAGGACCCCGAAGGACCUAAACAGGAUCUAAGAAGCCGAGGGCUAUGCCUGGUGCCGGUCUCCAGCACUUUUCCAGUGACACAUGAACCGACUGCAGAUUUCUGGACACCAACAUAUGGAGGAACAUACAGGUAGAAAUGGUGGAAAAAGGGCAUCGAUGGACAUGGAACAGAUUCUCUACAGCUAGUGUAUAUUCUUAUCAGAAAAACCCUAGUUAGACAAGUUGUUGGGGGAUGAUAACGAUCAAAUUGAAAGGAACAGACAAAAGAAAGAAGCCCACAUUUAAAUGCCUAGUCCAAGAUGAAAUGAAGAAGAAAAUGAGAAGAGACGAGAGAAUUGGGAGAAAGGGAAAGAAUUGAAAAGGAAAUGACUCUUCAAAGAAGAGGCUGAGAUGGCAUUAGCUAGGGCCAACGACAGGCAAAAGAUGCAAGGAUUUGGGUGGGCACUGUAGGGGACCAUUGGGAAACAUGUUAAUUUGUUUGUAAUAAUUGAAGAAUACUUAUUAUGAUUAGGGUAUUGGGUUAGGAAUAUUUUGAGAAUUCUAGAACUGUUGCUGAUCUUAGGAAAAAAUUUCAAGAUUAAUUUAGAAAAAGAAAAUUCAAAUUAGUAGCUGAUCAGGUUAGUGGAAGAAAAAGAAAAGAGAGAUGAUAAGAAAGAAGCUUUUGUUUGUUCUGUUGCAAACAUUGUGAAUAGAGCUGGCACUACUACCUUUAAUUCAAGGAAAAAAAAAAAGAAAAGAAUAAUUGAAUUCUUGAAUUGAGAAAGAAUGAGUGUGGGGAUGUCAUUUGAUUGGAAAUCUCACUUUCGAUUUUUUUAUUUGUUUGGAAUAUGUUAGUGGAAGUCAGAAGGUGACCCACUCCAGCUCCU